GCUCUAUGCAGUACCCAGAAUUCCCUUGGUAGGUCCUAUCCGUCAGGAGCAAGAUGGCGGCUCCUGGUUCCAGAUUUGCGGGAGUAAAGACGUUUAGUGAGAAGUUCACUCAACCAGAGCUUGAUGAGCAAGGGCGAGCUCGCAAGGUUGAAACAAGAGAAGACGAAGAGCAGAAUGUUAAACUUUUGGAGACAAUUGACUUGCUUCUGGCUGCAGGAUAUUUCAGGGCCAGAAUAAAGGGAUUGUCCCCCUUUGACAAGGUUGUUGGUGGUAUGACGUGGUGCAUUACAGUUUGUGACUUUGACGUCGAUGUGGACUUACUCUUUCAAGAAAACUCUACUAUUGGACAAAAAAUUGCCCUGACAGAAAAGAUUGUUGCAGUUUUACCACGCAUGAAAUGUCCUCAUCGCCUGGAGCCACAUCAAAUACAGGGUCUGGACUUCAUCAACAUCUUCCCUGUUGUUCAGUGGCUUGUGAAGCGUACAAUAGAGAGGAAGGAAGAGAUGGGUGAUUACAUACGAGAGUUUUCUGUUUCCCAGUUUAACAAGUUCCAUUCCACACCUCAGGAUGAUGAGUUCAAAGAAAGAAAGCCAAAAUGUCUAGAGACCAUGUCACAUUUGAAGGAAACAUACAAGCCCAAGAGACUUUACCGUAAGCCAGGUAAAGAGGAUGACGACGAGGAAAACAGAGUGAGGACCACACUGCUAGAAUAUGGAUGGCAAUAUGGGUUUAGCAAGGAAGAGAGAGAAAAGGAAAAGGCUGAAAAAAAGAAAGCGGCUGUGGCAGCUAGUGGGCGUGGCCGUGCCCCGUCUGCAGGAGAAGAGGAUGAGCAUAUCAUUGAACAGAAACGGUUGUCAUCAUUGCUGAGGGGCAUGUCUAUCAUGGAAGGGAAAGAGGGUGCUUUGUCCCCCAAUGCUGUUGGAUCAAUCGUUGGCCUUCAAUCUGAGGAGAUCUCGCAGAUGGCAUCUGAAUAUGCUGAAAGGCAAGCCGAGCUGCAGGAGGGUUUGGAGGGGCGUGGUGAGAGAAUGGGCGGGGCCCAAGCUCACAAGCGCAUGGUGGCCUCCCUCGAAAAGCAGAUUGCAGUCCAAGAAAAGAGGUUAGACCAGAUAACAGAGAAAAGAAACAACUUGGAAGAGUCCUUGAUAAAUGCACAGGAACAACUAUCACAGGUGACUGCUAGGAGUGAAAGGAUCAAUGAAGAAAUGCAGAAGUUGAAUGAGAUUGAAAGUGGGGAAAAUGUUGCGAUUUUAAAUCAUCUGCGCUCUCUAGUGGCAAUGAAUGAGAACUUGAAAAAGCAGGAGCAGCAGUUCCGAGCUCACUGCAAGGAGGAAAUGAAUCGUCUUCAGGAAAAUAUAGCAAAGCUCAAGUCAGAAGGAGGGGCCGAAGACAGUGAAGACAAGGAACGGAUGGAGCUUAUCAACAACCAGUAUGAGGCAGACAAAGCGAAGCUACAAAAAAUUCGCCUGCUUCUGGCACGCAAGAAUCGCGAGAUUGCCGGCCUCCAGCGUAAGAUAGAUGAAGUACCGUCCCGUGCUGAGCUCACACAGUAUCAGCGACGCUUUGUGGAGCUUUAUAACCAAGUGGCUGCCACUCACAAGGAGACCAAGCAGUUCUUCACUCUUUAUAACACUUUAGACGACUCUAAACUCUACCUUGGAAAAGAGGCAAAUCUUCUCAAUUCCAUCCAUGAUAAUUUUGAACAAGCCAUGUCAUCACCUGCUAACAAGGAACAGUUCCUGAGCCAGUUUGAUCAGAUCGUCAAAGGUGUCGUUGGGAAUAAAGACAAAGUAGACAAGAGGAAACUGAGCGAGAAGCAGAGAAGAGAUGCUCUCAAUGACAAGUACCUUGAUCUUGUGGAGAAUCAGCGGCUUUACUACAAAACAGUCAAGGAAUUCACUGAGGAAUGUCGGAAGAACGAGAUACUUCUUUCACAACUGAAGAGUUUAAAAAUCCAGCAGUAAGACGAUGAUGAUAUUUUACUUGAUUCAUGAAAAUUUUCUGCCUUUGUCCGCGUUUUGAGUAAAAAUUUGACGACGAAAGUUGCCUCUUAUGUCUUGUGAUGAAAAUAGUGUCACGUGGCACAUGGGCUAUCUUCCCACCUUGCAGUGGUCACCUAGUAAACCCAUGACUUUGAUUGGUUAUUGGGACUUCUGUACUUCUGGGUUUUGAUUUUCAAACUGUUCUUAUGGAUGAACGAUAAUCGUGAAGGCCUGUAGAAAAUGAUGCCGGACCAUUUUCUUGUGACCUUCCGUUUUAAAAACGUCAGUGCAAAAGGCGAAUGGCAAGUGGCGUAUGGCAGUUCUACGGCCGAAAGGUGCUUAUGGGUAAUAUUGUGAGGACAAAGGUCAUGAAUAAGCUUCAGUGAUGUCAGAACCAUGCAUUAAUUACAUUAAAUGGGUAAUCUUACGAUUAAUGCAUAUUUAUUAUGCAUCUGGAAGAAAUAUUCAUGUUCCAAGGUUCCAUUCGCCAUCUGCACUGACUUUUUUGGAUUAGAUGUGUAUGCCUAUAUUGUAAACAGACAAACGCUUCAUUUCAGCUUGUAACUUUUAAUACAAAGUCGACUCUUCUCGCCUUUACAAGUAACAUACAUGUAUACUCUCGAUUUGUGUCAGGAUUAAUAUUAGUUGUGAAUGAAAUGUGAUAGAUAUAAUUCAGUGAGACUCAAAAAAAAACAUCUGUGGCCACAGAGUAACAGAAAAAUAAACAAAAUAUCUCAGUUCGCCUUCAGCAUAAAACAACAAAUAAAUCAACAAAGUUUUCUCCUCUU